AUGGACACAUACUUACAUUACAAUUUUUACAGUUAUAUAAACAAAAUUUUAGAUUUCAGCCGAUCAUCAUCAAUGCUUAUAGCUGUUUCCGGCGGACAAGAUUCUCUAUGCUUAAUUAAAUUAAUACAAGAUAUUGUAAAUAAACAUAAGCUAACAGUAAAUAUUGGCUAUAUUUAUGUAGAUCAUCAAUGGAAAAAAGAUAGUAAACAACAAAUUAAACACCUAAUUAAUUUACUGAAGAUAAAACAAGCAGCUCUAUCUAUAUAUCAAAUUAAAGAAAUUCCUAAUUCUGAAUUAGCAGCAAGAAAUAUUAGAUAUAAGAUAAUAAUACAACAUGCAAUAAAAUAUAAUUAUUCAAUAAUUAUGACCGGGCAUACAAAUACAGACCAAAUUGAGACUUUUUUAUUACAAUUAAUUCGUGGUAAUGGUAUUGAUGCAGUAACUAGCUUAAAUAAACAUCGAAUAUUAAACAAUCAUCUACAAAUAAUAAGACCUCUUAUUAAUUUCAGCCGAUCAGAUAUUACAUGGUUUUGUCGUAAAUUUACACUGCCUAUUUGGUCAGAUAUAAGUAAUUAUGAAUAUAAUAUCAAUCGUAAUCGAUUAAGAAAUGAGCUACUACCAUAUCUGAACAAAUAUUUUAUUUUUAAUGUAGAAAAACAAAUCAAUUACUUUCUAAAUAUAUCUGAUAUAGAGAAUGAAUAUAUUAAACAAAAUGCUAUUAAAUUAUAUUUAAAAAGUCGUCAUAAAACUAACCUAGCAUUAAAUUACUGGAUCAUAAAACAACAACAUAAAGCACUACAAGUAAGAGUUUUGCAAAUCUUUGUAUACCAUAAUUUUAAUAAGACAUUAACUAAAAAUAUUUUAAAUAAGCUACUUAAUCUAAUUCAAAAUAAUAAGAAUAAUGUACAUAUACUAAAAUGGAAAAAUUUAAACUUCAAAAUAAAUAUUAAUUGGCUAUAUUUUUAUUAA